CCGAUUUUCUUUGGUAGAUGGAGUGGUCCUGAAUGUCUCCGCAUAAGCUUUUCCUAAACAGGAAGUCGCGCAACCUUGGAAAGAAAGUGGCGCAACGCGAAACGCGUCCCACCAAAUCGCGUCCCCCCAUCACCACAAACCAACUCGACUUCCGCUAUUCUCAAUUAACACAACGAAAAGGAAAAUCCACCAUGCCGCACUCUAUAUCGCCCGAAUCGACGCCCAUCGACGACCCCGCCCCUACAACAUCACAAAUCGACACCGCCUCGCAUGCUAGAUCACACGCCGACGUGCACUCUCAAGAUCAAGAUGUCGCCAUGGGAGAAGCAGACAACGCAGAUGCAGAACAGUCAAAAGUCAAACUGGAAGAACUGUUUGACGACGAAGAUUCAGACGAGGAGUUUCCUUCGAGCGCACCGCAAGUAAAGUCCGAAGACGAAGAAGAAGAAGAAGCACCUACAACCCCAAUAAACAUAUCCUCCAAAACCAGCUUCUCGGACCCUGAAAUCAUGCGCGCCUUCUACCAACGCCUCUUCCCCUUCCGCUACCUCUUCCAAUGGCUCAACCACUCGCCCAACCCCUCCGACGGCGUCGACUUCAAACACCGCGAAUUCGCCUUCACCCUCCCCAACGACGCCUACCUGCGCUACCAAUCCUUCCCCACCGCCGACCUCCUCCGCAGACAGUGCAUCCAGCUGCUGCCCUCGCGCUUCGAAAUCGGCCCCGUCUACAGCACCAACCCGCGCGACCGCAAGACGCUGCGCAAAGCUAGCGCCUUCCGCCCCGUCUCCAAGGAACUCGUCUUCGACAUCGACAUGACCGACUACGACGACAUACGCACCUGCUGCACGGGCGCCAACAUCUGCCACAAGUGCUGGGCCUUCAUCACCAUGGCCAUCAAGGUCGUCGACGUCGCGCUGCGUGACGACUUCGGCUUCAAGCACAUCCUCUGGGUCUACUCGGGGCGUCGCGGCGCACACGCCUGGGUCUGCGACAAGCGCGCCAGGGAAAUGGACGACGCAAAACGCCGCGCUGUAGCGGGGUACCUCGAGCUGCUGAAGGGCGGCGAUCAGAGCGGCAAGAAGGUCAACGUCCGGCGGCCCCUGCACCCGCACCUGGACCGCAGUUUGAACAUCCUGAAGGAGCAUUUCCAGACCUCCAUCCUGCUAGACCAGGACCCCUGGGCCGGGGAGAAAUGCGCUCAUCUCCUCCAACUCCUGCCCGACCCGUCGCUCAAGGCCGCCCUCCAGAGGAAAUGGGACUCGGCGCCCUCGCGGCCCAGCGCCUCGAAAUGGGCCGACAUUGACGCCGUGGCCAAAUCGGGCGCGCUGUCCAAGACCUCAAAGGAUCUGCUCGAGGCGAAGCAGGAUAUCGUGCUCGAAUACACGUACCCGCGCCUCGACGCCGAAGUGUCCAAGAAGCUGAACCAUUUGCUCAAGAGCCCGUUUGUCGUGCAUCCCGGCACGGGCAGGGUGUGUGUACCGAUCGACACGAGGAAAGUCGAGGAGUUUGAUCCCCUCGAGGUACCUACUGUGACGCAGCUGCUGAGCGAGAUUGACGAGUGGGAAGGUGGAGACGAGGAUGACAGGAAGGUUGCGGAUUGGGAGAAGACGAGCUUGAAGCCGUAUGUCGACUACUUUAGGGGGUUUGUUAGUGGGUUGCUGAAGGAGGGCGGCGCCAAGAGGAAUCGCGACGAGGUCGAUUCCAUGGAGUUUUGAUGGUGAUGAUUUGCUUGAUACCACGAUCUUGGCCGGCGUUUCCUGGGUAGUUUUUCUGGUCGGGUACGGUUUACCAUGGUAACCUGGGAUGGACGACGGAUGUAAAUGCUCAGACCAAAUGAAGAUUUCCUACUUUAAGACAGGAGUGGAAAGCGAUACUCCAUGACCACCCAUUCGAUGCUGGAUCCUGUUCUCCUCGAGUAAUUAUACAUAUCGAAAUCGCCUUGAACCC